UCGUACAGCUUUCAUGUAGAGGAUCCAAAUCAUUUUGGGAUGAGCCCUUUAUUCCAAGAACAGGCUCCGACUUUGGCUUGCUCGGCUCUAGCACGUCCUUUUGCUUCGGCCAUGGAAGCAACUCUUCUAAGCUCUCAUCAUUAUGAUAACCGUCUCUUUCGAAGAAAACUCACCACGAAGCGAGGUGGACAGGCUGGGCAUGUUCAGUACUUAUCUGGUCCAUUCUCUGUUGGACCAACUGUCUCCCUUAAGAUGAACUUACCAGAAUUGAGUGAAAGGCAAUUUCAGCACGUGAACAGAAAUUUUCUGCUGAAAUCAACCAAGAAAUUUUCUGUUUGUUGUUCAGAUCAGCUUCGAAGUCAUUAUUUGGAUGUUGAGGUGGCAUCUGUACAGUCUCUGGCUCAUGAAUUUGUUCCAUCGAGGCCUGAUGAUGAGGCAGGUGUUUUUGGUUCACAUGAUGUCAAUGACUUCAACACCUUGCAGUCGAGGCCUAAAAUGUUUAGAAACAGAUUUUUGAAUCUCGUACGCUUGAGUUCCGUCAUCAAUAGUAUUGCUGAAUCAUUUUUCAAGAGUGAGAUACGACGGAGGCUAUUUGUGACAACAGUAUUAAUUGUAAUAAGUCGUGUUGGAUAUUUUAUGCCCCUGCCAGGAUUUGAUAGAAGGUUGAUACCUGAGGACUACCUUAGCUUUGUUUCAGGAUCAGUUGAUGAACUUGGUGAUUUUGCACCAGAGCUUAAGCUAUCCUUUUUUCAGCUUGGAAUCAGUCCUCAGAUAGUAGCAUCAAUUCUUAUGCAGGUUCUAUGUCAUGUUGUUCCUUCUUUGGUGAAGCUGCGGAAAGAAGGAUUAGAUGGCCAUGAGAAGAUUAAGAGUUAUAUAUGGUGGAUCUCACUUGGCUUUGCAAUAAUAGAGGCUGUGGUACUCGCUUGUUAUUCACUUCCAUAUUCAAUCUAUGCAGCUAGUCAGCGGGCCAAACAUGUAAUGGUGACAACACUUUACUUGGUAUGCGGUGCCAUGACUAUGACGUGGAUCUGUGACAAAAUAUCAGAAUCUGGAUUUGGUCAAGGAUCAUCUCUAAUUAUAUGUGUGGGAAUAUUGACUGGCUAUACAGAUACACUGUACAAGAUGUUGUCUCAGCUCUCAGGAAGCACUGCAAAUUGGUGGCAAUAUAUGCCUGCAAUACUAGGUGUUUUCACUGUAGUCACUAUGUGGGCAGUUGUAGUAACUGAAGGUUGCAGGAAAAUCAAGUUGCAGUACUAUGGUUUCAAACUUGCUUCCGCAGCAAGAGAUGACUCACCCAUUACUGAGGUGGAGCCCUAUAUCCCAUUCAAUAUUAAUCCAUCUGGAAUGCAACCAGUUCUCACCACAACCUAUCUCUUGGCAUUUCCUAGCAUUCUUGCAAGUCUCCUUGGUUCGCCAUUUUGGGAACAUGUGAAAGAAAUAUUGAACCCUGAAACUUCUGUUGGUGCUGCGCCAUGGGUUUAUUAUUCAAUUUAUGCAUUUUUUGUCUUUGUUUUCAACAUAUUUGACAUUGCAAACAUGCCAAAGGAAAUUUCCGAUUAUUUAAAUAAGAUGGGUGCUAGAAUACCAAGCAUAAAACCUGGAAAGGCCACCAUUGAAUACCUAACUAAGAUCCAAGCAUCAACGCGGUUUUGGGGGGGCUUAUUGUUAAGUGUUUUGGCCACUACAUCCACCAUACUCGAUCAUUAUUUACGGCGUCUCAAUCAGGGAUUUUCGAUAGGGUUUACGUCUGUCCUAAUAAUUGUUGGUUCCAUCAUUGAACUCAGGAGAUCCUAUCAAGCUUAUAAUGUAAUGCCAAGUUUAAGCAAAGCUCUAAGAAGAUAUGGUGUGUAGUAUUUGGAGUGGCAGUCAUUUUGCUUUGAGAAGCUUAUUUCCUGGUGACUGGUCAUCAAUACUGGUCAACAAUAUUGUCCUUUGAGAGCAACGUUUACAAGUUCCUGGCAUACCAAAUUAGCUCAAAUGGGGAAAUGAAGAUGCAGAAGAGCUGUUCCUGUUACAAUUACAAAGAUAAUGUUGUAUUAUUUCGUCAUAUUGAUGGAAGUGCGGGUUUUGUAGCCUGUCUUGCACAAGGCUUCUGUUUGUUUUACCUUUUUUUUUUUUUAUCUUUUUGGUUGUAUCCAGUUGAUCAUUGAUAUAUAUAUGUAUGUAUUUCUGAAAAAAAAUAUGCAUGCUGGUGUGAAUAUGUUGAUGGUUUCUAUUUUAUGGAUGGAAACGAUAAGGUGACGUAGGUCGAGAGAAUGUUGUGUAAACUACUUGGCAUCCUUGUGGGUCAUAUAGAUCAUAAGAAAAAUCAGCUUGAUUUGGGGUUAAUUUGACCCUUC